AUGGGAUUUUUCAUUACGUUAAUAGCACACGGAGAUGCUCUUCCCCAGAGUGCAGUGAACGAUACCGUUGCCCUGAUAUCUUCACUAAAACUCAACCUCGGAGACAUCCGCAAGCUCAACAGCAAGCGGGCUGUGGAUUUCGAGGUGGAUUUGGACGUGAAGUCGCUAGAUGAUACUCAAGACCUUGAAGAAGUGGUUCAAUCAAUCCGUGAUGCCUUGAAGGCUGUGCAAUUACAACCAGGGCUUGGAUACGAUAUAGUAUUCCAGGAAGACGUUGGUAGAAAGGACCGUAAGCUGUUUGUUUUCGACAUGGAUUCCACUCUGAUAUACCAGGAGGUAAUUGAGCUAAUUGCCGCCUAUGCUGAUGUUGAGUCUCAGGUUGCUGAGAUCACUACCCGUGCAAUGAACGGUGAGAUAGAUUUCACUGAGUCACUGGCCAGUCGGGUGGCAUUACUGAGAGGAAUAGAGUCUGAAACGCUAUGGGAAGAACUUAAACACAAGAUAGAGAUCACAAACGGAGCAUCUGAAUUGUGUAAAGGUCUGAAGGCCUUGGGAAUCAAAAUGGCAGUUUUAAGUGGAGGGUUUCUUCCGCUGGCACGCUACGUAGCGAGCGAGCUAGGGCUCGACUACGCUUACGCAAAUAACCUCCAGGUGGAGUUCGAGAAUGGCAAGGAAAUUCUGAGUGGAAAGACUUGUGGUGAAAUUGUUGAUGGGGCCAAAAAGGCCGAGUUGCUGAAGAGAAUCGCAGACGAGAACGAGAUCCCAUACUCUAAGGCGGUUGCUGUUGGUGAUGGUGCCAACGAUCUCACCAUGAUGUCCGUAGCUGGGUUUGGAGUUGCGUGGAAUGCGAAGCCCAAAGUCCAGCAACAGGCUCCUGGAUGCUUGAACAGCAAAAGUUUGAAGGACUUGUUUUACGUGUUGGGAUAUAGUGAUCCCGAGAUAGAGAAGCUGCUGGGGUAG